CACAGUUUUAUAUUUCUUUCACUCCAAGUAUGUUUGUUUCGUUCCAUCCAAAGAGAAUGAAUUGAACCUUUCUCUGUCUCGACUAGACCCUCUCCACUUCAUACGCCUGCGUGAUACCAUCGCUAACACCCAUUGACGCAAAAAAAUGCAGAAUCAAACUUAUAAUUAGUGAAUUCUCAGAAUCCUUGCUUAUCCAAAAAUGCCAACCCAACAGGUGAUAUGCAGGAAAGGAAAGGCAGUGCUGGUGAGGGUAUAUGUGGAGAAGCCGAGGAAGAUGGUGGUGCCAUCAAAUCAUCUUUAUCAUCAUCACCACUACCACCACUAUCAUGUAGUUCAUCAUAAUGGCUCUCCCCGUCAAGGAUAUGAUAGGAAAGCAGAACUUCUUAGAUACUCUCAGUUCCUGCGGAAUUCUGCACGAAAAGCACCAUCCACCACCUUAUUACCUUUCAAGCAGAUUUCUAAUAAUGUUAAUGAGCAACCUUCCACACGGGUUGUCCCUUCCAUGAGAAAGCAAAUGCACGAAGGAAACUUUUAUAGUUGCUUUGGCAAUUGGAAACUAUUGAUUCCGAGUUUCUUGAGAUCAAGGACAAGUUCCGAACCUAAGAACAGAGAGAAGAAAAAAGAGAUGCAGAAUAGAUUGCCUCUCACUCAGAUAACAAGCUUCAUCAAAAUAUUAAGGGUGAAAAGAAGAAAAUGUCUCUUUCCCAGAAUGUUUUCAUCAACACGCAAACAUUAAGGUUCAGUUUUGAAGGCGUUUUCGUCUCAAGAGUCAAGGAGCUCAAGAAGAAACAAUUUGCCAGAUGCUAGAGCUGCAAUGCGAUCUGGAUUUAGGGUUGAUGAUUCCACCAUACUAGCCAACUUGUGAAACAGAACAGCAACAGAAACUCGAGCAUACAACUCUGUAUUAAUAUAUGCCUGAUAAGGAAGUAGCAAACAAACACAGAAGUCAGCAGUUUCUGGGAACUAAACAAACUGCACUAUGAAACAUUUGCAAUACUUGGCAAUCAGCAUAUCAUGUUCCCAAUAUGAAACCUAAACUUCAAUUUGGGUAUAAAAUGGAAAUAAGAAUAUGUUGAAAAUAAAGCAUUAAAAAACAACCAGAUCUGGAAAUAAUUAAGAUUUGGCCGUCCUUAAGUACCUAUAUUUCAGCAACAGUCAUCUCAAUUUAUUUCCUGGCCGUGAGGCACUUAAUACCCAAGAUUUAAGAAUGUAAAAUGCAUUUUCACUCCCCCUCUUUUGGAGCUGCUGACCAGCACUCUUUUGC